CAGUGUUGAAAAACUUCAUCAGGAGAGACUUCCCAGCACUUAUCUCUGGAUGUUGUGUUGGAAUUUGAAAAAAUGGACGCGCAGGAUAAAACAAAUAAUGUAAGCAAUUCGGAUCCUGAAAGAGCCAACGUCAGCAGUGCAAACAAAUCCUGGGCCGAAACCUCUGCCGUCGACUUCAACGAUUUAACGGAACAGCUAGAAAAAACGCUAGCCUGUAACCAGGAAUCCAGAAGGAGGAGUGUCUUCAAUCACAAUGUGGCUAACUUUAGUGAGGCACUAUCAAAGGUGGACGAGUUCGAGAACUACAAGAAGCAGGAGCUGCAGAAGCAGCAAAACUUUAUCAACUAUGUGCUGCAGGCGGCGGAUAACUUGAAGCACCUUCCACCCGAAUAUCCUCGUCCCGAACCCAGCGAGGAGCAUCAGCGCUAUCUCAAGGAGGGUCCUAACACGGAGAACUUUAUGCGUGGAUCUGUGGAGUUCAUGAAGAACGCCAACAGCUAUCUAAGAGAGAUGACCGAGGCCCUGGAGUUACAAGCAUCGAUCUCCGAGCUGAGCCAGUGCUCUUUGGACGAUCUGGCCAGCAAGGUCAUCCACCAGAACCUAGCGAAGACAUCAAAGAAUAGUCAUACAAUAAAAUAAAUGUUACUCUCCGAAAAACAGCGCAGUUUGUAGUCAAGAUAA